UCCUGAUACCAAGUUUUCAAUAACAUUGAACAGAAAAGAUGCUCUUUCGGAUGAUGAGAAGACCUUAGCUUCAUAUGGGAUUGUUUCUGGUGAUUUGAUAUGCUUAUUACUAGAGGAAGCAGAUGGACAACCCAACCUACCUCCUCCUUCUGCUCCUCCCCCACUCCAGAAUGGUCAUAAGCCAUCCACCUUGAUCUCAAACAAAAGUCAGGCCAACAGUCCAAAAGAAGAAGGGCAGGAUGAGCCAUCUGACAACCAGGAAGCUCAGUUGGAAGUUCAGAAGAGUGACGAGAGGGCAGGAUCCAGCCUAGACUUUUCUUCUGGAUUAGUCCCUGAAGAGGCUGACUUGGAAGAAGGAACAGGUUCCUAUCCUUCAGAACCCAUGCUGUGCAGUGAAGCUGCUGAUGGUGAAAUACCACAUUCCUUAGAGAUGCUUUACCUUUCUGCUGAAUGUACCAGUGCCACUGAUGCCUUGAUUGUUCUAGUACAUCUUCUCAUGAUGGAGGCAGGCUAUGUACCUCAGGGGACAGAAGCCAAGGCAGUGUCUAUGCCAGAGAAAUGGAGAGGGAAUGGUGUUUAUAAGCUGCAGUACACACACCCCCUUUGUGAAGAAGGUUCUGCUGGUUUGACGUGUGUGCCUUUGGGAGAUCUUGUUGCUAUUAACGCAACUUUAAAAAUCAACAAAGAGAUUAAAAGUGUUAAGAGAAUACAGCUAUUGCCAGCAUCCUUUGUUUGCUUUCAGGAGCCAGAAAAGGUUGCAGGUGUUUACAAAGACCUUCAGAAAUUAUCCCGUCUCUUUAAAGACCAGCUGGUUCACUCUCUUCUGGCUGCUGCCCGACAAGCUUUGAACUUGCCAGACGUGUUUGGAUUAGUGGUCCUUCCUCUUGAGCUCAAGCUUCGGAUUUUCAGACUCCUGGAUGUCCGCUCACUCAUCUCUCUUUCUGCUGUUUGCCACGAUCUUUACACAGCUUCAAAUGACCAGCUUCUCUGGAGGUUUAUGUAUCUGCGAGACUUCCGAGAUCUUAUUGCAAGGCCUCGUGACACAGACUGGAAAGAACUAUACAAGAAAAAGUUGAAACAGAAGAAGGAGGCCCUGAGAUGGAGGCACAUGAUGUUUCUGCCCCCUACACCUCAUCCAAUCCCCUUUCAUCGCAACCCAUUCUAUCCGAAUCCCUUUCCUCCUAAUCCAUUUCCAUCAAACCCAAUCUAUCCCCCAAUGAUGAUUGGUGGAGAGUAUGAUGAGAGACCAACACUCCCCUAUGCUGGAGACCCAAUUAACUCACUCAUUCCUGGCCCAGAAGAAGCACCAGGCCAGUUUCCUCCAUUCAGACCACAUUUUGACCCGAUUGGUUCCUUGCCCGGGGCAAGCCCUACGCUGCCAGGACGAGCUGGUCCCAGUGACAGGUUUCCAGCUAGACCCGGCCGGGGCCGCCCCACGGACAUUCGCCGUGCGUUCAUUUGAUUGAUGCUUUUUCCUUCAGUGAGUUUUCUAGUCCCUGCGCUCGCUUUCUAACUGCAGGAGAUGGCACAUCCCAGGCACUAACACCUGCCUUCUUUGUGGUGAGAACGUGUGUGCGUGGUAAGGAUUCAACCACAAGGCUGGUUUUGUUUUAUGCCCUGGUAGUGUUGGACAACCUGGCACUAAG